UCCUUGUCUUGUUGCUCCUCAGUAACCCCCAAAAAGCCUUUUUAAAAAUCUACCAGCGCAAUUUGUGUCAGUAGAGCUUGGCCGUUUCAAAACCAAAACACACAAAAAUCAAAGCGAACACUUUCUUCUUGUAACUUCCCCAGAUUUCCUCUCGGUCUAUAACUUCCAAACUUGCUUCCAUCAGUUUCAUUUUUUUCUGGGAGUUCAAUUCAACCAUAGAAUUGGGCUCCAAUGUCUUCCUCUGAUCUCUACGUUCUUGAUGACUCCUUCUUCCGCCAUUCUUCAAGCUCAGACAUGGCUUCUUAUGAACCAGACCAGUUCUUCUCCGAGCCAUUCUCUCCCUUCUCAGACAUUGACAUCCUCCAAGCAAUCUCAGAUCACCAAAGCAACCAAAACCCAGUUGAAAACCAGUCUCAUCAUAAUAAUUCACUCGACCAAAGCUCUCCUACAGUCCUCUCUUCUUCUCCCCCAAGUUACCAAUUGGAAAGCUUGAGCCUUUGCCAAGCAACCCAUCUGAACCCUCUGGAUCAAAACUGCACAAAUUUGGCAAAUGGGUUGCCUAAUUUCUGUGCUUUCGAUGCUCUGGAAGUCAAAACUGAGCAAUGCCAUUUAGCUUUUGACCAAAACGCUUAUAAUAAUAACCAAGUUUUUGGUCCUCAUAGCUACAGUGGUGCAGAGAAUGUGGCAAAGUUUAUGCAGAGGAGUUUUAGCAGCAACUCCUUCGAUGGCAAGCCUGGUGUUGUCUUCCAACCUUGCUUUGAUUCUCUCAUGGAAUCUUCAACUUUUCAAAACCAAGCCUUGAGCUCUCCUGAAAACAGCUUUUUAGCUGGCCAAAUGAGAAGGGUUUCCAGCACUGGAGAUUUGCAAAAUUUUAGAACGGCUCGCAAUCCGAGAGAGAGCUCAGUGAUGGAGGAAGCUGCUGCAAACUUCAAAAUGGGCAGGUACAGCGCAGAAGAGAGGAAAGAGAGAAUUUCAAAGUACAGAGCCAAGAGGUCGCAGAGAAACUUCAACAAGACCAUUAAGUAUGCAUGUCGAAAAACACUAGCGGAUAACCGACCCCGCAUACGUGGCAGAUUUGCACGCAACGACGAAACUGGUGAGGUUCUCAAGGCUGCAUGUUCAAGUAACAGAAAAGAAGACGAAGAUGAACUCUGGGUGGAAGGGUUCAAUGUGGAAGAAGAAGAGAAUGGAACAGUGAGAGGAGGAGGAGGAGGAGGAGGACAGUUCAUGAACAAUUUUGGAGCAACUCAGUUUCAGUACUAUGGCUUUUGAGCUUUGAUAGAUGAGCAAAACAACAAAGGCUUCUUUUUCUUUCAGGAGGAGCUUUCUUAGAAUAUUUAGGUUUGGACCACAACAUGACUAAAAAGCCUUUCUGGGUAAAGCAAAGAAUAAUCGAAGGUUUUUUUUUUUUUUUUU